GUAACACCGUGCGACGCACGUGUGUGCUGAGAAGCUGGAACAAUGGCCACCGAGAAGCUUCAGUUCCACGAAAUGGGCCUUGACGACCGCCUUUUAAAGGCGGUGGCUGAUCUGGGUUGGUCCCAGCCCACCUUGAUCCAGGAGAAGGCCAUCCCUCUGGCUCUGGAAGGAAAAGACCUGCUGGCACGGGCCCGGACCGGUUCUGGGAAGACGGCUGCUUACGCCGUGCCUGUCAUCCAGCGCGUCCUGGCCUCCAAGCAGAGCGUUCGCGAGCAGGACGUGCGGGCUCUGAUCCUGGUGCCCUCCAGGGAACUGGGCCAGCAAGUCCAGGCUAUGAUGAGGCAGCUGACGGCGUACUGCUCCAGGGACGUCCGCGUGGCCGAUAUCGCCGGCAAAGCCGACGUGUCUGCGCAGAGGCCCAUCCUGAUGGAGAAGCCCGACGUGGUGGUGGGCACGCCGUCCCGCGUGCUGGCCCACCUCAACGCGCACAACCUGCUGCUGCACACGUCGCUGGAGAUGCUGGUGGUGGACGAGGCCGACCUGCUCUUCUCCUUCGGCUUUGAGGACGACCUGAAGAAUCUGCUGUGCCACCUGCCAAAGAUCUACCAGUCCUUCCUCAUGUCAGCCACCCUCAGUGAGGAUGUUCAGGCCUUAAAGGAACUUCUGCUGCACAAUCCCGUGACUCUGAAGCUGCAAGGCUCCCAGCUGCCAGACAGCAGCCAGCUGCAGCAGUUCAGCGUCCAGUGCGAGGAGGAGGACAAGUUCCUGGUGAUCUACACGUUGCUCAAGCUGCGGCUGGUGCAGGGCAAGACGCUCAUCUUCGUGGGAGCCCUGGACCGAUGCUACCGCCUCAAGCUCUUCCUGGAGCAGUUCAGCAUUCCCGCAUGCGUGCUCAACUCCGAGCUGCCCGUCCAGUCCAGGUGUCACAUCAUCACGCAGUUCAAUCAGGGUUUCUACGACUACAUCAUCGCCACGGACGAGCACAGGCUGGCCGACCCCGCCGCCGCAUCGCAGGCUGCGGGAAAAGGCAAGAAGAACAAAGCGCGAAAGUCUAAAGAGAAGGAAUACAGCGCCUCCAGAGGCGUGGACUUCCAAAAUGUCGACAACGUCAUUAACUUUGAUUUCCCCGUCACCGUGGAGUCGUACAUCCAUCGAGUGGGAAGGACAGCAAGAGCCGACAACCCGGGCACGGCCUUGUCCUUCGUCGCUCACACGGAAACCGCUUUUCUCUCUGAGGUUGAGGAGGCGCUGACUGGAGAUAAAGCCGAAUCUUCCCUGAAACCCUACCAGUUUAAGAUGGAGGCCAUUGAGGGCUUCAGGUACAGAUGCAGGGAUGCGAUGCGAUCGGUCACCAAGCAGGCGGUGAGAGAAGCCAGAUUGAAGGAGAUCAAGCAGGAACUGCUUAACUCGGAGAAGCUGAAGACAUAUUUUGAAGACAACCCGAGAGACCUGCAGCUGCUCAGGCACGACCAAGACCUUCACCCUGCCGUCAUCAAACCUCACCUGAAGAACGUCCCUGAAUACCUCAUUCCUUAUGCUCUGAGAGGUGUCGUCAACCCUCUGUCCAAUCACAGGAGGAGGAAGAGGCCAACCCAAAAGCUCAAACCACACGGAGUCGCCAAAAGCAGCUUCAAGGGAACGAACCCUCUGAGGAGUUUCCGCUACGCAAAAAAGACGGCGAACAAAAAGCCGAGCCAUUCAAAAUGAAUUUAGAUAUAAAGUGAUUCAAAAAUGACUUAUGUUGGCUUCCACUUCCACUCAAAAAAGGCAGAAAAACAUUCAAACGUUGCAUAAUUUCUCAUGUAUAUUUCCAUUCAUAAUAAAAUAUCUAUGUAUCCCAAAAUGAAUUUGCUCUUAAUGUUUUUAU